AUGAACUCGACUACCGACCUCUUGUCAGCAUUGGUUCCCACCUCUUUCUUCAAUGAUCCUUGGUCAGAUGAAGCCAAGUCCAUGUGGGUCCCCAUUGUAGCCUACUGGGCAUACAGCAUCACAUUUCAGCUUAUCAUGCAAGCCGAGAUUCCUUUCUUUGAACAAUAUCGUAUCCACACAUCCGAAGACAUGAGGAAGAGAAACCGAGUGACUCUAUCCAAGGUGGUAUUGAUGGUUGUUGCUCAACAGGCCGUUCAGUUCAUUAUUGGAGUCAUGUUAAUUCAACCAUCCGACGAUCCUGUCAAACAAAAGCUUGAACAAGAAGCUUUUACUGCUAGCUUGGCUGCUCAUAUCUACAAUGUCCUUGCUCCAUAUACACCAUCCAUCGCUGCAGUAUCGGAUCAAAUUGCUUGGGCUCUUUAUAAUGUCGCUUGGCCUUGCGUCCAGUUUUUCCUCGGCAUGGUGAUCAUGGAUACGCACCAAUACUUUUUGCAUCGCUUGUUCCAUCUUAACAAGACUCUCUACAAGCACAUCCACUCUCAUCAUCAUCGUCUCUAUGUGCCUUAUGCAUUCGGCGCUCUGUACAAUCAUCCUAUCGAAGGCUUCUUGCUUGAUACUGUUGGUGCUACCCUCUCCUACGAGCUUACAGGCAUGUCUCCCCGACUCGGCAUGCUCUUUUUCACCUUUUCAAACAUGAAGACAGUGGACGAUCAUUGUGGUUACAGUUUCCCUUGGGAUCCUCUUCAAGUGCUUUUUGGCAAUAAUGUGGUCUACCAUGACAUUCAUCAUCAACCCUAUGGCAUCAAGGCCAACUUUUCUCAACCCUAUUUUACAUUCUGGGACACUAUCCUCGGUACUCGAUUUACCAAGAAGAGAGAUGCCAAGAAAGUUGAGGACAACAAGGAGGUCAAGAAGAACUAA